AUGGGGAACUCCGUGCCCGACCUCGACGCCGUGGGCAUGAAAGCCGAGCCCGAGCUGGCAGAUCAAUUCCGCAGAGAAGUCGCAGAGCUACUUGGUCGCAAAAACCUCAACUUCCCCGGCGCUCAACCGGUCAGCUUCUCCAGGCGCCAUUUGAUGGAGCUACAACGCGAGGACUACUAUGUAUGCGAGAAGACUGACGGCAUUCGCUGUCUCAUGUACUUUGCGCGUGGGGAGCCCGACAACCCAGAGGUUCACUACCUGAUUGAUCGCAAGAACGAGUACCGCUACGUUCCCGGCCUACACUUCCCCAUGCCCGACGAUGAGAGCUUCCAGUCAUUUCAUGUCGAUACUCUUGUAGAUGGCGAGCUGGUCAAGGAUACCUACGACGACGGCACGCAGCAGCUCAAGUUCCUCGUCUUUGACUGCCUCGUGCUAGACGGGCAGAGCCUCAUGCAUCGCACCCUCGACAAACGACUAGCAUACUUCAAAGCCAAAGUCCUAAAGCCCUACAACGCGCUAUACGAGCGCUUCCCGGAAGAGAAACAGCACCGUAUAUUCGCCGUCGAAGACAAAUCCACCCAAUUCAGCUAUGGCAUCGAGAUGAUGUUCCGCGAGAUCAUCCCCAAGGUGAAGAAGAUCCACGGCAACGACGGCCUCAUCUUCACCUGCCGCAGCACCCCCUACCGCAUCGGCACAGACGAACACAUCCUAAAAUGGAAGCCCCCCGCCGAAAACACCAUCGACUUCCGCUUGCGCCUCGAGUUCCCCAUCCUCGAACCCGACUCCGACGACGAGGCCGAUGGCAUCGCGGAACCAUACCCGGACUACGACGCGCUUCCUAUCUUCCAUCUCUUCGUCCUCCUCAACGAUAAAGAAUACCAGCCCUUUGGUGAGAUGCACGUCACACCCUCGGAGUGGGAGGAUCUCAAGGCGCUGCAGACACCGCUUGACGACGCGAUCGUGGAGUGCUCCAAGGAUGAGAAUCACCGCUGGCGCUUUCACCGUAUCCGCGACGAUAAGGCCGAUGCAAACCACAUCUCCACCGUUGAAAAGGUAUUAGAAAGUAUCGAGGACCGCGUCACGGAGGAGGACCUCAUCCGCGUCGCACCGGCCAUCAAGACGGCUUGGAAGAAGCGCGCACAGGGCGAAGUCGAUGAACGCAAGCGUGCGAGACCGCCUGUUGCUGCUGCUGCUGCUGCUGCUCCUGCGGCGCCGCCACCGCAUGUAAAUGGGAACGGCGUCAAGCGGAAAUUCGAAGAGUAG